AUGCUCGAGCAAUGCAUGAGAUUUUACAGCAAAAUGCCUCGCUUCAUUAACGAGGUCGCCGCCCCCCAAGGUCGACAUCGACAUUUCAUCUGCUGCGAUGACACAGCCGGCUACAUGGACGUCCUCCCUCAAGAGCUCUGGGACAUGAUAUACCACAAGGUCUUCACAGCCAAGCCGGGACUGCGAUACCUGGAUCAGUACGCUCAGACCCACGGUCUCGAACCAGCUCAUGCUGCAAGACGACCUUACUGCCCGUCGCCCGAUGGGUUUCAUCUGCUUCGCGUGGAUAGGGAGUCGUCGGAGGAGUAUGCGCUAUCGUUCUUUGGCGGGGCAGGGACCAUAUUCAUUGCCGAUAAUCUACAGGGUUCUGCUACAGAUAUCUGUGUCAGCUGGUACCGGUCUCUACUUCGGGACCCCAAUCAUCGCGAAUUGGUCCUGGACGUGCGAGCUCUCACGGUACGGAACCGUGGUCGGAUGCCUUCAGCUUCCGAGCGAAACGAGUCGGCGCUGCGCGGGAGACUUCGAGAGCUGGGGAUGGAUCGGAUCAUUCAUGUAGGCGAUGAGGAAGGCGAGCUGACCGGGGGCCUUGCCGACUAUGCGACUCGAAGCCCUUCAUACGUUAGACAUGCUCCACCGCCAUCACCGCCGCCACCACCUGCGCCGCCUGCGCUGCCGCCACCAGCACCAGGGUCAGACUCGGGGUGGGAGCCGUCACCUCCAGACCAUAGCAAGUUCAUGGAAGAGGCUCAGAUGAACUACGCGAAAGAUCAAUCCCUCAAAGAAGCGCGAGCGGCUGGUAUCGUGGUUGACAAUGAUGAUGAUUUUAUGCAUGGUAAUGAGUUCCGCCCGGAAAAUUUAGCUGAGGACAACGACGAUCAGAGCGAUGAGGACGAGGACGAUACUGGCGAAGCCGAUCCAGAUGAGGAAUAUGCAUAG